CUCCUCUACUUCAGACUGUGUUGUUCCCCUGAUAAAACAGUUGCAGAAGCAAUUUCAUUAUUGAAAAAGCUUCUGGUAUUCCUGUAAUUGAUCAAUGCAAGUUAGUCAGAGUUUUAAGUAACAGAGAUAUAAGGUUUAUUGAUGGUUAAAAAAAUCAGAAAAAAGUAUAAAAGUCCCGAGGUAAUGACAAAAGAGAAGUUAGUUACAAUACGGGAGCGCUUCAGCAAUGAAACUAUUGCAUGAGAAUAGAAUAGAAUAGAAAAGCUUUUGGUCAUAGAUGAAAACACCUACUCUAUAGAUUUGAUCACAGUUAAAGAUAUUAAGAAAUACAAUAGAUACGCUAAUUCAUGUAAUGAUGCUUAAGGGCGGCUCAGAGUUGCCGCUGCAGUUGGUACUGGUAAAAAG